CCACCCCCAACAGCAGUAGCAGCAGGUUUCAUUGUUAUAAUUGCAUUAAAAAAGGUGAGUACAUAUUCAUAUUUUGUUAUCAUUAUUUAGUGUCCAAUUUUCAUGAACAAUACUAACAAAAACACCUAAAUAUGAGAUGUGGAUGUAAGAUUAUGAUCAUCAUUUUUCUUACUACACUCGUUGUUUCUGCGUUAUUCACUGUCCUAAAUAUUCAAGAUUCACCGUUAACACAACAACCAUUCAGAGCUCUAAUUGGGUUAAAAAACACCAAAAGACCCUACUUCAAUCCCUCCGAAUCAACAUCACCGUCGCCGUCCCCAUUGCCGACGUUACCUUUUACAGCUCGAGCUCCACUUCAUCAUGUGCAUCGUCGACAUCCCAAGGUGUAUUUUCCGCCGUCAGAGACAGAAGAUGAUCGAACAAGAAAGAGGGUUCUGGUUGCGGUUUUUGUGUCGGCUGGUGGAGUCACGCUUAUUAUAUGUCUCCUUAUUGGUUUGUUCGUUGGGUGCAGAAAGUUUAGAAAAACAAAGGUAAUAUCAAACAAUGUGAACAAGGUAAUUUCGGAAUCAAUUCCACAUAAUUUUUAUCUUGAAUCACCAGGAACUGUCUUAGACCCUUCACCAGUUUGUGUCCCUAAAAUAGAUUCUUAUGAUAAUGAUGCGAGUUUCACGUCACAGAACAUCCAUCUGAAUAACUAUGAAGGACACGUGAAACGGUUAUCAAGUUCUGAAAACUUGGAUGACUCUAGUGAUGUUGUGGCUUCAUUUCAAUCGUUAAAGUUUGAUGAAGAGGGUGAACAAGUCUUUUUCGGUUCGCCAAUUGGUGAAGAAUUAAUGGAUGUGGAAUCUAAUUCAUCAGAUGCUGAAUCUUUCCAUUCUGUAUGCAAUUCUCAUCAUUCCUCUUUUUCAAGAAGAAUUUCUGAUGCUUCGGUUGGUUGCGACUUAUUAAUGUCAACAUCAUCUCGACCAUCUCCACCUCCACCUCCACCUCCACCAAUGCCGAUUCUUUAUUCAUCUUCAUCAACCACAAAAAUGCUUAAAACCUUUAGUUCUUCAACGAAACCUGUUUUUUCAUUGAGAUCAAACCCAACUGCUAUUUCUCUACCAUCACAAACACUAUCUUCACAACCUCCGUUUACUAAAGGAAACCCAGCACCACCACCAACAUUAUCUCUACCGCCUCCAUUUACUAAAAGAAACCCACCACCACCACAAACAUUAUCUCUACCGCCUUCAUUUACUAAAGGAAACCCACCACCUCCACCACCAUUGUUUCAAUCCACACCAAUGGGAAAACACGGAACUCCAUUACCAAAAUUGAAACCACUUCACUGGGAUAAAGUACGAGCUACCACAGACCGUUCAAUGGUCUGGGAUAAAUUGAGAUCUAGCUCAUUCGAGUUUGAUGAGGAUGUGAUCGAGUCGCUCUUUGGGUACAAUUUACACAAUUGUAAUGAUCAAGAUUUAAAAAGCAAAAGCCCGUCUCCUAAUCAACAUGUUCUCGAGCCCAAAAGACUUCAGAAUGUAACUAUACUGCUAAAAGCUCUCAACGCUACCACAGAACAAGUCUGCCAUGCACUUAUUGAAGGAAAUGGCUUGAAUAUACAACAGUUAGAAGUACUUGUAAAGAUGGAACCCACAAAAGAAGAAGCAGCUAAACUAACAACAUCCAAAAGUAAAUUGGAUCCGGCUGAAACAUUUGUUGCAUCACUACUGGAUAUACCGUACGCCUUCUCACGAAUCGAAGCAUUGCUGUAUCGAGAAACCUUUAAAGAUGAGCUAACUCACCUCCGUAAGACCUUCUCAAUCCUAGAGGAGGCAUGCAAAGAACUGAGAUCAAGUCGGCUAUUCCUGAAACUACUAGAGGCGGUGCUAAAAACGGGGAACAGAAUGAAUAUAGGAACAAUAAGGGGAGGGGCAAAAGCAUUUAAGCUUGAUGCAUUGCUUAAGCUUGCUGAUGUAAAAGGAACGGACGGAAAAACUACAUUACUUCAUUUUGUAGUACAAGAAUUAGUUCGUUCGGAAGGCAUUAGAGUGUCUGAGAGUAUUAUAGGAAAGAUUAAUGAAAAAACCAAGAAAAGAUACAUUAAAGAUAAAGACAAAGACGAGGACUAUCGAAACAUGGGUUUGGAACUUGUAGCUGGACUGAGUACUGAACUAUGCAAUGUGAAGAAAACGGCCACCAUAGACUUUGAUGUCAUUGCAGGCUCAGUAUCUAAUCUAUCACAAGGUAUGGAUAAACUACAAACGUUGGUGAAUAAAGAUUUGUUGAUGGAAGAACAGACUUGUAGCUUUGUCGAAAUCAUGAAAUCCUUCUUGUAUUAUGCCAAAAAACAUAUGGAGGAAUUGGAAGAAGACGAACAGAGAGUCUUAGAACUUGUGAAAGAGAUUAGUGAAUACUUCCAUGGUGAUAUGAGUAAAGACGACGUAAAUCCACUUCAGAUCUUUGUGAUAAUAAGAGAUUUCUUGGCAAUGUUGGAUCUUGUGUGUAGGGAAUUGAGGAGAUCCAAAGGCUUUGGUCAUCCCAACACUUUUGCAUCAUUUCAGUAGAUGUGUGAUUCUUGUAGAUAGUAAGAAGUUAUUCUAGUUAUUAGUGUGUGUACAAAAUUCAUUAUAUAUGAAUAAUAUCAUUUCUAUAACUAUUUUCAGUCAA